GAGAGCACUUCCGGGGCAGCGCGGCAUGGCGGCGCCGGGCCGACCGUCGAGGAGCAGAGUGUGAGUGGCUGCGACAUUGCGUUGGGCCUCAGGAGAACAGUGUGUGACUGUGUCUCGAGCAUCCUGCGUGGCCGUUGCCAGAAAGCAGCCUCCUGGAGAGCAGCAGAGCAGCAGGCUGUCUGCGCUAUGGCGGCUGAGCUGCAUUUCUCGCCCCCUGAGAUCCGUGAGCCCACGCUGAUGGAGAACGUGCUGCGCUCCGGCCUCUUCUUUGGAGCCGUUUUCCAGCUUGUGUGCGUGUGGGCCAUAACCCUGCCAGUUCCCAAGUGCCCAGAGACAGACUGGCACAGUCUUGGGACUCGGUCUGGCGAGACAGUGAAGAAAGCCAAGGCUCUGCUGAGGAAGAAAGCCCAGAAGGAGAGCAAAAAGAACCGAGCAGGGCUUGAGCGAGAAGGCCCACAGGACACUCGAAUCAGCUGGAAUGCUUCCUCGGAGGUGGCACCAAAGGCAGCGGACUGAGUCAGCGUCCGGUUUUGUGGCAUGGCCGUGCUUUCUCUGUCACGGACAGGGCAGCGGAACUGAGGCACCUGGAAGGGAAGGGCUUGUGCUGCAUUCCAAGCAAAGAGGGCUUGCCAGAGCCAGGUCUUCGUCUAUGGCAAGAGACGGAGAGGCUGUGUUCCUUCAGGCUGCGUCUCUUCAGGGCCAGGGCCGGUCUAGUGUGAGAUUGAAGUACGGCUAGCCGGGCCUGGAGGGAGAGGAGCUGACGUAGCCACAGGGUCAGGCUUCUCCUUGUGUCUGCCUGGAGGCUGAUUGACUCAUUGCUAAGCAGAAACCCUGGGCGCUGGGGUUUCAUUUUGGGCUGUGUUGAUAAAUACAAGCCAGAGCCUUUUACAUUGAAUAAAAGCGAAACCAACUUUUUCCACACGGUGCUGCCUCUUUCCGUAGCUGGUCAAAAGGUCCCGUGCUUGGGCUGGCAAUCGUGGGGCCAUGAACCGGUUGGCUCUCCCCUGAAAUUCUGCUGGUUUUCCCCCGUUUCCUUGUUGGUCUUCCCAACGGGUGGCCUUUCAGCCCACCUGUAACUGCUGGCCACAGGCUGUGAGCCUGCCCUUGCUCUCCAAGGACCGCUAGCAAAAGCACGAAGGAGGGGAAGCGGCCCGGGAGGAAGAAAGGCGUCCCUGCACUCAGCCCCUGGAGCUUGCCUCUCUUCCUGGUGGCUUUUUCAGCCCUGGGCUGUGCUGAGGGUUGCUGUUUGCCCCGGGAAGCCCAGCUGCACGCGGGCAGCCGUGGCCUGCACAUCAGCCUGG